AUGCCACCCCGCGACCGCGCAGGCGUCCCCCUGCCCAGCUUCUUGCAGCUGCACUCCGGCGAGGGGGCUCGAAGAAGCCUUUGUGGCUCAGGCCAUUUUGGCCCAGGGCUCUUGAGGCCCCCCCAAGCGCCCCCCCCAGUGUGCUUGCCCCCGCCCGCGCGCCGCCCGGCCCCCACUGCCGCGGGCUCGCUCGGCCCCGGUCGCGAUAUGUGGAGCCGCCUGGGAUACGGUGGCGCUGGCUACGGCGGCGACGGCGGCGCCGCUGCUGGCUGCGGCGCUGGGCACUACGGUGGCUACAGCAGCGGCUACGGUGGCUACGGCGCAGGCUACCGCAGCGGCUACGCCACCGUCGCCAGCGAGGAUUGUUGCGCCGCCGCGUGCGGCACCGGCGCGGGCGCCGGCCCUGGGGGGGCCCCAGUUUGCGGCGAGGAGUGCGGCACUUCGUCUUGCUGCGGCAGUGGCCGCGAGACGGACGUGUUAGGCUACGUGGGGCCAGGAGGCGACUAUGCCCAGCAGACGACGUACAAGUACGUUGGCGGCGGGGCUGGGCAGUUCGGCGUCGUGCGCAUGCCAGGUGCGUCGUCGAGCUGCUGCCUCUUGCUGGUCCCACUGGGUUUCCUGCUGCUCCUGCUGCCCCUCCUCGCAUGGAUGUUCUGGCCGCAGACCACCACGACCACCACAACGCCGCUGGUCGUCACGACGACCACGCACGUAGAUCCGACAACUACCGCGAUCGACUGUGACGCAGGUGACGAGGACUUGUGGAGCGACAAGAAGAAGGAAUCCUGCUGCGAUCGGACUGGGAAGGGCUGCUCGACAAUAACAUCGCCGCCGCCACCGCGGCCGCGUCUCCCAGCAGCGCCCCCGACGACGACGACGAGCCCGUGCCCCAUCGAUUGCAGUGCUGGUUACAAUGACAUGGGCCCAUUUCAGUGGGUGCACGGAUGGUCCGCGGCCAAGAAGAUCUAUUGUUGCAAGGUCGCCGGCAAGGGCUGCGCAUCCGAACUCCCACCGCCGUCUGGCAACCUGCCUUCUGGCAUACCGCCGGAGCCAGUGGAGCGCGAGUACGACUGCGACGCAGGCUACCACGACUGCCCGAAGUGCCUCAAGGAGUCCUGGUCCCCCAUGAAGAUGGAUUGGUGCUGCAAGACCAGGGGCAAGGGCUGCGUGAACAACUCGUGA